AUGAGGUCAUUCGCAUCUGUCGCGGCUCUGUCGUGCCUCUCCCUCGGUGCUCUGGCGAAGCCGACCCCUCGCCCUGCUCCGGUGGAAAUCCAAACGAACGAGGAUGCAUCAGAUGCCCCGUGGGACAUCUGCGGUAGAAUCGUAAGCGCCGCAAAUGAGGGCCAAUACAUUUUCUACGCCCGCGAUGCGAUCCGGUGCUUGACCAGUGUUCCCUUCAAUGCCGCAGUCGCCAGCCGGUUUAUUGAGUACUACAACACCACGAUACAGUUUCAGAGCACAUUAGCAUACCUGAAGAACCCGCCGGAAGGCUACCAGCAGCCGGCCAUCGAUGUUGUCGCAGGAUUGCAGCAAAUCCAGGACAACAUCGACAACGGAAAGUACAAGAACCAGUAUGCCUUCGAGGCGGAGAUGCAGGCUCUGGUGUAUUCGAUGCACGACAUGCACGUCGAUCUCAACUCGGGGGUGCUUUCAGCCUUCUCCUUUGCCAGCCCUUACUACAUCACCUCGGCCUCGGUUGAUGGAAAGCAGGACCCGCAGAUCUAUCUUUGGAAUGACGUGUGGGAGCGCGCCCCCGGAGACCCUGAGCCAAGCGCAAUUGCCACCAUCAACGGGCGUGACGUGAUCGAGGUUCUGACUGAGUUCGCUGCCCUCAACUCGCAGGGAACGCUCGAGCCUCAUGCCGACUGGAACCAGCUGUUCUCUAGCCCUGCUCAGGAUAUCCAGGGUACACUGAACGUCUUCAGCGGUGGCGCAACAUUCUACCCUGGUGACGAGCUUGAGUUUAGGUUCAAAGAUGGCAGCAACAUUACUACUAACUGGAUUGCCAUCUACAACAACCCCUACGACACCGGCCCACUGACCACGGGUGGUGAUUUCUACAACUACUUCGUCCUGAGGCAGUAUCCCCAGGCUUACUACGACGCGCUCGAGGCCGCCGCGAACUCCACUUCUACGGACGACUCCAGCUCUGAUGAUACUUCGGACGAUUCCACUUCAGAUGACACUUCUUCGGAUGACACAACUUCAGACGAUACCUCUUCCGACGACACGUCUGGUAACUGGAAUUACGACAGCUAUGGCGCAUACCCCGACAACCCCGACAUCGUCCAGCCCAACCUGUCCAUCGAGAGCGGCGGUGUCCUGACUGGCUACUUCUUCAACGAGUCCUCAACCGCCGUUCUCAGCAUCCCCAGCUUCGACCAGUACGACGACAACAUUGGGCUCUUCGACGAGACGGUGGGCCACUUCGUCAACAACGCCACCGCUCGCAACCUUACGCGGUGCGUGAUCGACCUGCAGCAGAACUCGGGCGGCCUCACACUCCUCGCCUUCAUCACCUUCGCCUGGUUCUUCCCGCAAACCACACCCUUCCACGGCAGCCGCCGCCGUUCGUUCGACCUGGCCAACUCCCUCGGCAGCUUCACGACGGACUUCUGGAGCUCGCUGCAGCCGGGCACGGACGACUAUGACGACUGGUACGACAGUCUCGCGUCGGACGAGUGGGUGGUGACGGACCGGCUGGACGCCGACACGGGGCUCAACUUCACGUCGUGGUCCGCCUUCUACGGCCCGCGCCACUACAACGACGACGACUUCUCGCUCACCGAGCAGUACAACCUGUCCAGCCCCGUCUUCGCCGACACGGCCUUCAACGGCUGGUUCCUCGACCCGGAGCAGUGGGGCACCGCACCCUGGCGGCCCGACCAGAUCCUCCUCCUGACCGACGGCACCUGCUCCUCGACCUGCGCCCUCUUCGUCGAGCUCAUGACGCAACAGAUCGGCGUGCGCACCCUCGCCGUCGGCGGCCGCCCCGGCGCGGGGCCCAUGCAAACCGCCAGCGGCUCGCGCGGCGCGCUCGAGUACACGGCCAACGACAUCGACAUCGACAUCGACUGGGUCAACGGCCGCAUGGACCUGAACGACAACGCGGGCAACGAAUCCGCCUACGGCAACCUCCGCCCCCUGCGCGAGCGCGACAGCGGCAUGUGGGUGUCGUACGCGGGCUUCAACCUGCGCGACCAGAUCCGCGAGAACGACACGGUGCCCCUGCAGUUCAAGUACGAGGCCGCCAACUGCCGCAUGUACUACACGCUCGACAACGUGUGGAACAUGACGCGCCUCUGGCUCGACGCCGCGGCCGCGACGUGGGACGACAUCUCCGGUGGUAGUUGUGUGGCCAACUCGACGGGAUACAGCUCGACCAGCUCCGUCUCGACCGCCCAGCCGCCCCCGCCGCUUAACAUCUCCGUCCCGACCAUCAACGACGACUUCCUGUCCAACACGGCCGACUACGUCAUCUCCUCCGCCGACGCUGACGGCGAAGACGCAGGCAACCACGAGCUCACCGCCGGCACCGCCGCCGUCUCGUCCACGACGCUGCAACUCUGCACCAGCGCCGGCAAGUGCCCGGCGGGGCUGACCGGCACCUGCGAGGAGAUCCAGAUCCAGUGCCCCGGCGCGAAGACGGCCGUCACGCGCAACGUGUGCAUGACGCGCUGCUCGAGCGUCAAUCGGGGCGCCGACUGCAGCGCCAGCGGGACGGGCUGCACGGGACUCGAUUCCGGCCGCAACAACCGCCUCACGUCGACGUCGAAUAGCGGGUCGACUGGUAGUAGUCUGGCGAAGGAGUUUAAUCGGAAUGUGGGCAGGGGGUACUGCAAGCCCAAGAUUACGCCUGUGAAGGGAUCGAGUGCGGUUAAGGCGUUGGCGUGUCCGAAAUGA